CGCAGCACCCUCCUGGGGCGGCUCCCUAUUAGGGUCGUUUGCAUAAUUCCUUCCCUGCCCGAGGCUCGCCGGCCGGCCGUGCCCUGGGAGCCGGUCUUCCUGAUCCUCCAGUCGCUCUCUUCAGAGUAAAUCCUCUGCCGGUUCACUUUCUCGGGCACUGAUCUUCCCGGAUUGCUUCGCCUCGCUCCCAGCCUCCCCGCGCCGCCGGCUGUCACAGACAGAGUCCUUGUCGCCUAGCGAGUGCUCAGCUUCCCAUCUCAGACGCACAGUGGGUCCCUCGGUAGUGGCUCCCUCUCCUCCUGAUCAUCCUGCCCUGCUCACCGCUGACAUCCACAGCUGUGCCCUGAACAUUGAAUCCUGUACCGGAAUCUCACCCACACCUGUCUUGGCAUGCGGGGAGAGUCCUACUUUAUCGGCAUGAGGAGCCUGGGGCCGCCAGGUCAUGCCCCCGAGGAUGGAGGACUUUUCUUACUCUGCUGUAUAGACAGAGACUGGGCCAUCACACGGUGCUUUGCUGAAGAAGCCUUUCAAGCGAUCACUGACUUCAACGACCUCCCCAAUUCCCUGUUCGCAUGCAACGUCCACCAGUCUGUGUUUGAAGGAGAGGAGAGCAAAGAAAAAUUUGAAGGGCUGUUCCGGACCUAUGAUGACUGUGUGACUUUCCAGCUAUUUAAAAGCUUCCGACGUGUCCGGAUAAACUUCAGCAGCCCUAAACCUGCAGCCCGAGCCAGGAUAGAGCUUCAUGAAACCCAGUUCAGAGGGAAAAAAUUAAAACUCUACUUCGCACAGGUUCAGACCCCAGAGACAGAUGGAGACAAGCUGCACCUGGCACCACCCCAGCCUGCAAAGCAGUUCCUCAUCUCGCCCCCGUCUUCACCACCCGUGGGCUGGCAGCCCAUCAGCGACGCCACGCCCGUGCUCAACUAUGACCUGCUCUAUGCCGUGGCCAAACUAGGACCAGGAGAGAAGUAUGAGCUCCAUGCAGGGACUGAGUCCACCCCAAGUGUCGUGGUGCACGUGUGUGACAGUGACAUAGAGGAAGAGGAAGAGCCAAAGACUUCCCCAAAGCCAAAAAUCAUCCAGACCCGGCGUCCUGGCCUGCCACCCUCUGUGUCCAACUGAGCUGACUGCUCCACCUUGACAAUAAUAUCUGUCUCCUCUUUAUCAUGCUUCCCCACUCCCGUUGUUUGUCAGAAAAAUUAAUUGCCUUCAAAUCCCUGGGUAUUUGGUUGUUUGAGAUUCCUUCCUUGAAAUCAAGCCUCUCAGACGAAAGGGCUAGGCAAAGGUGAUGUCUCCUGCUCAUAUCAUACUUGUGACAUGUAUAACCCAUCCUCUAGAAAGUCCUAGGGAAAAAAGUAGUAUUUUCUUAUUAAAUAAUGAGCACAGCCGAUAUCUUCAUUCUCGUGUUGACCUAAGCCAGAGACAUCAGUAACAAAUAGCAUCAGUGUUGUUUGUGAGCUGUUUCAGUCCCCGUCCUGAUGUGCCCGUUGUUUUUUUUUUUUUUUUUUUCCUGGCCACGUAAAUAGGACCAUAAGUAAGCUUGACUUUGACUGCAUGAGAUUUCCCUGUCUGGUCUCACUCAGUCCUCUGCAUCCCGACAUUCCCAGGACAUGCAUGAUCACCAGCAUUUAUUUUCAUGAUUUGAGGAUAUUCUAACUCACAGAUUGUUAGCAUCCAGCCAUGUCCUCUCUAGACUAGGAAGAUUAUCAGCAUCACCCAGUUCAACGAGUCUGGGCAGAGUCACAAUUUUGAAUCAAUAAAUACUUCAUAGCUCUGUUAAAAUUCCCGGAGGCAAAACUGAGCUUGGCCCCAAAGAUGCCCUCCCCAGAUCUCCAACCUCUUCCAUGCAGAACUUCCCAGUCGCUUUGGGGAGGCUCGUCCAGGGUGAUGGAGACAGAUUUCAGACAAACCUGUUUAUUACAAAAGUCUUGCGGUGUCUGAACGGUUAUUCUUUUCUCUUUGUAUAUUUGUACAAAUAUUUCAGCUGUGCUUUUAAUAUCUGGAUGUUUUUUAUUUAGAGAUUGUCCAACCAUUCGCUGCUUUAAAACAUAAUAUGUGCAUUGCUUAUGAAUGCAUUCAUAUACUAACGCAGAUAAUCUGAUAAUAUUACACAGUAUGAUGGAGAACACUGAAGUCUGAAAGGACACAAAAGCGUCUCGUGCCGAUAGAUAAGCGACUAGCCAACAUCUUUGCUAUCGAGACCAUUUGUGUUUAAAUAAAGUGUGUCAGUCAUAGAUAAUUGGGAGGGAGCUAAAUCUCCAGAAUGCAGCAGCAGCUGAGCAUAUUAGAGUGGGUAAAGAUGGCAGGUGUCUGCUGAUCUUACUUGUGCAAGGCCCACAUGCUCAGAAACGUUAUUUGUUUGCGUUACAUGUGGUUUUUCUAUUCUCUAGCCCGAAGUGCAUUACAGAAGAUACACCUAUAGAACCAUUACCUUCCGCUCCAUCUGCGCAGUAAACGACUUCCUUUAGAUGCAAAUGCUGGCGAUCGAGGAGUGGGGAAGCACUUUCAUUACCUAAGCCUCAGACACACAGGCAAGAACAAUAACACAGCCAACCGAUGGAAGGAUUGUUGUGGUUUCUGACUAAGGUGUACGUUAGUUUCCUCAGAAACUUAAAGCCUAGACUGAUUACUCAGAAUUUAAAGUCCGUUCUACUGUGAAUAUAGCAAUAUAAUACUGGAUGCAGUACAGGUGAAACUGAGGAGAGCAUCGCUUCUAAGAUCCUGAGUUUCCAUAGGGGAAAUGACUCCUUUUAAAAAUAAAAUCUGAGGAGUGGAUAAGUCUUUUGCAGGGGAGGAUUAGAGUUUUGGUGGACAGACUUAGUGAUGGAUAAAGGGUGCCCUCUGGUGGAGGAACCGGAACUUAGCUUUUCAAAGGAACACAAUUACAUCAGGCAAGUGAGAGAUGCUGAACUGUUGUCUCAUGUGGGUCCUUGGCUUUUUAAGCUAUCCUGUAUUUCCAGAAUGCAGAUGAGAGAAAGUGUAGGGCCCCUUGCCAUGCCUCAGUGGAACCUCCUCGCACUGUGAAAGUCGCAAUUGAUCGCCUCAGCAUUUCCAUGCCGCACAUGAUGCAACUUCUUUAGCACUAUUGUAAGUUUGAAAAAUUUUUCCUAUGGAAGGGAAGUGGCAGACUCCCACCAACUGAAUCAUUUGUGCACGUGUACAGCUCAAAGAGCUUAGACUUCAAAUAUAUCUGGCGAAUGAC